AACGGUGGGAGGCCGGUGGCCGCUUCUGCGAUGGCCAGUGCGGCCGCACUCUCAGCAUGGCUGAAUCCGGCCACGUUUUGGCGGGACUCCGAUCAAUGGCGAAACGUACUGGUCAACUACUACCACAUGAACAGGAUAGCGGCCGCUCGGUCAGCAGGCAGGGGCCGUGGCGCCGUCRCCAGCUAUCGCCCGUCCACCGUACCGGCCAUCUGCGGCGUCGGACAAUCCGCCGGUCGGAAGUCGGCGACAGCCUGCUCGGCCGGACCGCAGCCCCUGUCGUUGCCGCCGACGACAACGUCMCAGUCUUCUUCAACGUCGUCUCGCCCAAAGAAACGGUACAUCUGCACGUACUGCCAGCGCGAGUUUAGCAAGUCGUACAAUCUGCUCAUACACGAGCGCACGCACACCGACGAACGGCCWUACCCGUGCGACGUUUGCGGCAAGGCUUUCCGCAGACAGGACCACUUGAGAGACCACAGGUACAUACACGUCAAGGAAAAACCAUUCAGGUGUCCAGUGUGCGGCAAAGGUUUCUGUCAGUCCAGGACAUUGUCCAGUCAUCGGAGCAACAGAAAUUCUAUGUGCCUGGACACGACGGUGUUACAUCAACAACAACAACGGGACGCUGCCGGAAACAUACGAAGGCCCAAAAUGAUCACAGACUUUUCCAUCAACUCUAUAUUGAAUUUGCAGUAAACCUGCAUAUAGUAUAUAUAAUUUAUAUUGUAUAUUAUUUACACAUAUACAGUGUUAUAAUAUCCAUUGUUUUCCAAUCCCUCAAUUAUUUGAUCUCAAGUGCGUAUGUGCAGACGUUUGAAGGUGAAAGACUAUAUUUUAUCAUUAUCAUAUUAUAUUGUAUAUUAUAUAUACACGACUGCGGAGAAUCGAUGCGAUAUUAAAAAUCAUUAAGUACUGUCGGUUCAUCACACAUCAUAAUAAAGUUCGUCAUGUAACGUAAUUUAUAUUCAUAUGUACGACAYAAUAUUAUAUAUUAUGUUCUAUACARUAUUUACCUAAAAAACGAAGAUUUAUUGUUAUUACUGUUUUACCACCCAUCACAUCGAUUUUUCGCGUAAUAGAUAACUUUCUGUAUAUACCUACUCCACGGCUGCAAUGCCGUUCUCGUCUUUUUGAAAUGACAUUUGCAUAUUAUAAUAUAUAAUAUAUAUUAUGUAGAUUAUAGAUACAUAUCAUUCUGCUGUAUAUAAUAUAUUAU